UGAUUUGGAAAGGAAACAGCAUGAUUGAAGGGCCCUGAUUAAAGGUCUCAGCUGGAAACGUCGACUAUUUAUUCCACUCUGGAGAUGCUGCCUGACUGCUGAGUUCCUCCAGCGUUUUGUGUGUGGUGCUGAAAAAUCUCGGCAACUGCAGAAUCCCUUGUGAACAUGGUUGAAAGAAGUCUUACAGCUGGAAUUUCCCGGCUGGCGCUUUGGGAAAUCCUCGCUCUGUGUUGGACUCUUCAGGGAAGUCCACCACCGCAGCUCCUGUGGUAGUUUCGCCUUCAUCGGCAAUCAGUGCAGCGAAAGAGCUGGCGCCAGGGAAUGUUCUUCAGGAAUAGAACGCCAUGCAAAUCCAGACGCUUCGAAAACAUUAUCGCUGAAUAUCGGAGUUAUUGAUGCAAGUUUACGCCCGAAGAUCAGAUAUUUCUUCCCUAAAAGCAAUCAGCGUGUUUGGAAGCUGGAGGGAAAGCGUGUAUUUUUGGGCUGUGGGAUAAUACAGACAGACAUUGAGCUGAAAGCAAACAACGUGGACACAAGCCGCUCCGACUCACAACAUGGGCGGCAGCCGCGGGAUAAGCGACUCCUCCCUCGCUGCAGCUCUCAUUGGUGUCUGCCACCGAGCCCUCCCCUGCUCACUGACCCCGGCGGGCAGCCACACCGGAUUCCCGCCCCUCUCGCAAAACAAAAUAUCCUCAUGAUCACCGGGAUGUUGUUUCCAAAUCAGAGGAGGCGGAGUCAGAUUUCCACACACCGUCCUGUCUUGAUUUUGCACUAAGUUCCUCAAAAGUGAAGUUGGAAAGUGCAAACUGUGACUGCAGUCAGCAAAUUUUAUCCGAUUUAUUUAUUUAAUCAGAACCCAGGGGCAAGUCGGUGCCAGGGUACCCUGCGUUCGUUUGCCUUUCAAUGGGGAGCGUUCAGUUAGACGAUUUCAUCGCUGGAUGGAUCGGAGGAGCGGCGAGUGUGAUCGUUGGCCACCCCCUCGACACAGUAAAGACUCGCCUGCAAGCUGGUCAUGGUUACAGUAACACAGUCCAAUGUGCGCUGAAGAUAUUUAAACACGAACACAUUGCUGGUUUCUUCAAAGGUCUGUCCUUUCCGUUAGCCAGCAUCGCAGUGUACAACUCGGUGGCUCUCGGCGUCUAUGGCAAUGCUCAGAGGGUCAUUUGUCAGUACCGUUACGGUGAGGAGAGCCACCGGGGUCCCGCACUGACUGAUGUGGCUGCUGCGAGUGCUGUGGUGGCGCUAGUCACGGUUGCAAUUGGUGCCCCGGUGGAUCUGGUUAAGAUAAGGCUACAGAUGCAAACACAGUCCGUGAGGUCGGCUAAAUUAAGUUUGGUUGGUGCUGGUUCCAUUGACUCGCUUGCACUGAAUAAUCAGCCUCUGUACAGGGGGCCCAUGCACUGCAUUAGCAGAAUCCUGAGGAAAGAAGGAAUUGCUGGACUGUACCGAGGGGUCGGAGCCAUGUAUCUCAGGGAUAUUCCAGGAUACUGUUUGUAUUUUGUUCCCUACAUGUUGCUGUGUAACUGGAUGAUGCCUGAGGGGAGUACAACACCUAAUCUAUAUUCUGUGUUGCUGGCUGGUGGUGUGGCAGGAACGAUUUCAUGGGGUACCGCAACUCCCAUGGAUGUGGUCAAAAGUCGUCUUCAGGCUGAUGGAGUUAAUGAAAGAAGGUACAAGGGAAUACUGCACUGUAUUCAACAGAGUUACCAAAAGGAAGGGUUAAAUGUAUUUUUUAAAGGAGCAGCAGUGAACGCGAUUCGUGGAUUCCCAAUGAGUGCGGCCAUGUUUCUGGGAUAUGAAUUCACACUGAAAAUCCUGCGAGGUCAAUAAGCAGAAUGUAGUGUUUCCUUCUUGACAUUCAUCAAAUCUGUCCAGUCACAUCAUUCUUCGCCUCAAUCAACAGUUGGUUAGAUAUAUGAGCAAAGUUAUUCUGUUAUCUCCGAUGUUCUUGAAGUCAACGCUCUUGACAGAAAUACUUACUGUUGGACAACACUGAAAUUCUCCCUGAUGGUGCAUUUUCAAAAUUUAUAUGCAAUGUUCCCUGGGAAGUCAGACUACUGAACUUUAGCCAACAAACUUCUGGUUUUCUACUGACUUGUUGAGCAUUCAAGUAAAAGAAUUUCGACUAAAUGUGGAAUAGGAAAAAAAUUCAGAAGGGUGGAGGUAGUGGAUGAGGAAUUAGUGCCGUCGGAUUGCAGGAUCUAUUUUUCAGCAGAAUAGCCUGAGGGAACUUCAUAAAAUCAUACUGCUCAGGAUUAUUCUGUUGGUCCUCUGCAUCUCUUUAACUGAGUGACCCAGUUAGUUCCAUUAUCCUGCUCUUUCCCCAUUCUCUGACUUUUUUUAAAUCUGAUUUUUUAAAAUAUAUAAUGUACAACUAUUUACCUGAUGUAUAAUUAGCUGAAAAGCCUUCAUGGAUGAUCAAUGAAAGGAGAAUCUUAGACACCUUGCAGAUUCAAAUUCAGUUUUAGUUUAUUGUCUUAUACACCAGGAUACCUUGUUCAUGUGAAGCUUACGGUGCAAAGAAUAUACAUGGAAGUAAUAAAUACUACACUUUAUACAGUAGUGAGUGCAGAACAACAGGAUGGUGCAAAGGAAAUGUGAUCUGAAGUAAUGCAAAAAGAAAUGCUAAAGCCAGGGUUCCCAACCUGGGGUCCAUGGACCUCUCAGUUAAUGAUAAGCCUCCAUAUGAACCCCAGUGCUAUAGUGACAAUAGCUAAAUAACUAAGAGUAACAAUUGGGGAAGGGAAGUGGGAUGUGAGAGAGGUGAUUUGUGUGAAAACAUAAUCUGUUCUUGGAAUUGGUCCAGGCUUUCAAGCUAAUUUGUCAUUUGUGGAUAUCACAAACUAGUUGUGGCUGAUGACUCUGGACCUAACCGACUCCCAGACAUGUACUAAGCCAAUAAAUUUUGUUUUUGCUAAUUUGAGUUUAAAUGGGUGUACAGGCACUGCACAGAAGCCCAAUUUUAUUCUGUUAUAUAACAAGCCACUUUCUGCUGCCAAGUAAUUAUUACAUUGUUUCCAUGUGCUAAAAUGCAACUGUGGGUAUUUGGAAAUAGGGUCACUAUAUCUGAAAUAGCGAAGUUAUUAAUCACAGCAAGUUAUUUUUAUCUAUAUUUUUUCCUGGAGCACAAGUCAAAGACCACUGUGGUUAUGUUAACUUAUCUGUUUUCUUCACAGCUAAUUAUGAUGAACCGUAAAAAAAGCAGAAUGAGAUUAUUUAAUGUAUUCUGGUGAAAUAUGUUCACAUUGCCAAAUGAGAAUCAAAACAGAUUCCAAAGUGAAUAGUAUCUCUACAAAUCUGAAGAUUCUCAUAGUUAUGCAUAGCCUUACAAAACAUUAAACAAAACUUUUCAUUUCUCUGUUUUAAUUGCUGUUUUCGGAAGCAUUUAGCUUAUUCUUUGAUCUGUGACCAAGUACUUUAAACAAGCAGAUAAAAUGUUUCUAUCAAGUUAUUUUAUCCAUUGUAAAUUAGAUACCAUGUAUCUGUUUUGUAGAAUAGAGACAAUAAUACUGCUUGUUACAGGCCGGAGGAGGAUGCAGUGAACCUUCUGUGUGGAAGGUGUGACUUAAUCAUGUCAUAUAUUAUUUUUCUGAUUGCAAUUUUAAUUUCUUUUUCAUGUUGUUAUCUAUAGGUUGUGCAUAAAAUUGCACAUGGAAUUAUGAUCCUAAAUGACAAACAUUUAAUCAGUCUGCUGCGUCCUUAUUCACAUCCACGGCAGACAUCAAAUGGCAAAGGAGCAACACUGCCACUGCUUGGUUUUUAAUGUGGUGGUGUACUGGAGCACGUUCAGUGGGCUCUGGACCAGACUGUAGGACGUGCAUUUGGUGGGAUCAGAGUCAUUGUGAGUGAAAUGCCAUGAGUAACUAAAUUAUAAAAGUGAUAAGCAAUAAAGAACAAUUUAGCCAAAAACA